AUGCCCGUCUUUGAGACGUUCCCCUCUCAUCUAUCGUCCUCUCAAGCACGUGCAGUCCGCGACGUCCUCCGAGGAUGCAUUCCCUGUAACAUCAUGUGCAUGAGAAUCAACUCCAUCGGCCACGUCCGCUACAAUCACGCUCACAGAAUUGACGGCCGCGUUAUCAACAUCGUCCUGCGCCGCACACUCGAAACAGAUCGCUACCAUGUUUUCAUCACCGAGCGCGAUUCUCUCGGAACAGACGGUGUCUCUGUGCCCUUCGGCCAUUUCCCCAUUCAUGACCGAAACCUCUGUCGUGUUCGCCACACUUGA